UUCUGUACUUGGCGUAGUUUUUUACACGUAAGUGUUUUUGGGGGAUCGCAUAUUACCUAAAGUGCGCCUUCGACGAGUCUUUAUCCAAAUUGAAAAUUAAUCGUGGAAAUAAUUGUAUCGCGUAGUUCAUGGAUGAACUGCAGGAAUUAGCACGAUCUUUAGAAAUUUAUCAUAAACGUAUUGUACCCAUGGAACCACUGAGUUUCGAACAGACGCAACAAUUUUAUUCUGUAAAGAUCUUUCACAUUUGUGAGAAACCAUUCACAUUGCGAGAUGUCAAGCAUCAUGAUCAUUGUCACUUUACAGGCAAGUAUCGCGGUGCUGCUCAUCCCGGUUGCAAUUUGAAUUAUAAAAACUCACAUACUAUUCCCAUAGUUUUUCACAAUCCGUCUGAUUACGAUUCGCACUUUCUGAUGAAGGCUUUAGCUACUUCCUUCGAAGAUUCCGUAAGUCGUUCACCGGUGAUCAAAGAAAGAUAUAUGUCGUUUACAAAGAACAUUAAAGAUACGAUUAUAAAUUUUCGAUUCAUCGAUUCAUUCAGAUUUAUGGCAAGCAGCAUUGAAAAAUUAUCCUCCUAUCUUAAUGAUUCCGAGAAAAUAAUUACACGUAGACAUUGUGACUAUGCGGAGAAAUUUAAACUGUUAACGAGGAAAGGUAUUUUUCUAUACGACUAUGAGUGCGUUCCACUUAACGCUCGCAAGGAUCGCAAUACCUUCUGUCUCGUCCCACUCAAGGCCGCGGUCGCUGUGAGCAGUCCCUGAAACGUCAUCGAUGACGUCAUCAUUAACGACCACGAUGCGAUAGCUUCGCCCACAUCAAACAGGUGGGUUUUGUGGUCUUCUGAUCACAUGAUCUCCGGUUUUGUGCGCCAUUUUAGUUCAAAUUUAUGAUGAAGACUGAAAAAAUAACGCUGUACGAUUCCGAGAGGGAUAUAUUAGUCGAAUUAAAUGUUACUGUACGAGAUGCUGUACGUGCAAGAAAUGGUACGUGAUAUUAUUGUAUACAUUAUACAAAAGAUGCUUACUUUUAAACCUUAUUUUGGUUAGAAAACUUCUUCUAUUCUAACGUAAGAUCAUAUGUUUUUAGAUGUUAACUUUGCAAUAACUUUGAUGGACGCAGUUCUGUAAAAGAAAGAUUCCCUCACAGAUCAAUCAGCUCCUGCUGUCACGGAAUCAAGCAAAGCAGCAGCUCCAGUGGAAGAAGAAAUUGUCCAUAACACUGACCCUGAAGAAGGAGGGUCUGUGUAUCGGUGGACAUCAUCGGCUGUCUUUCUUCUCUUGGAAAGUUACCGGACCAGAGAAGAAAAAUUCACAAACGGAAAGUCUUCCUAAAAAAAAUAUGGGAAGAGGUGGCGGAGGUCCUUCAAAUUGAGGGGCACAAUGUGUCAGGACCGCAGUGUGCAGCGAAAAUGCGUAGCUUCAAAAAACAUAUCAAUCUGUUAUAGACCACAAUUCGAAGUCUGGAAUGAUAGGCGGACGUGGCAUUUUCAUGAGGUUAUGGAUUCCAUCUUCGCUAAAAAGGCAUGGUGUUCACCUGUGGCGCUUGCCUCUUCGUCAGGUCUAUGUGUUCAACCGGGUAGUGCGGAAGAUGUAACAUCAGACAGUGGAAUUGCAUUGACGCCAUCAACCAGACCAUUGAAAGCAAAUAUUGCUGCUAUGCUUGAGAAAAGAAUCCGACAAAAAGAAGAGCAUGAAAAAGCAAGGGCAAAACGGCACAGAGAAAAAAUGGAAAUGGAUAAGAAACUAUUGGUAGUUUUAGAAAAAUUAGCCAGUAAUAAGUAGAUAAAUAAUAACCCAAAGACUUAACUAGAUAGAUAUAUUU